GCUAGGAAAUCAUGGAUCAACUAGAUGAUUUAGCAUGGACCAAACCAACCCAAGAAGAAGGACAAAGAAGUCAUUUACACAAAGGGAAGGGGGUGAGUUUAGCAAGCAAGGGGUUGCCUGAAGAAAUACAUAUGUUUCACACGUCACCACGUCUGAUACGUGAUUAUGUUGCAUGCUUGCUGCACUUCCACGCACGGUGCCUUGCUGAUUCCAGAAGUUCUUCAUGUAUCUCACACUGUAGCCAAGUGUUUCCAGAUCUGCAUUAUUUUGCUUUCAUCUCUACCAUCCAAAGCUUGGAGAAUCACUUAUAAAUUCUCCUAGCUCACAUUGUAAAAACAAUUUUGAUGUUGGAGAGAAAUGAAUUGCUGAUGCUUGUUUCCAGCCAUUUCUCCACCGAGAGUCAACAACCUUGUGCUUCCUUCCAUUUCUCCUUUAGCUUCUUUCCGAGAGAAGGCCUUCUAAGCUAGUUCCAUUCCACCAAUGCACUUCAAUCCACUUCACUUUCCAUUAUACAAAUUCCUUCCGCUACACAUUGUCUUCCAACUUCCGUUUGCAUCUGCUGAAACUGUUUCAUCGGUUGAAUUUCACGGAUCUGCAAAGAAUAACACCAACCAUGGAGCUAUCAAGUGGUAUCCAGAGCUAGGUUUCGUCAAUGCGUCUACUCGAGAGCUAAGUCCAGUUUUCAACUCGUUUUCCAUUUCUGUCAUGUUCUGUUCUUGAUAUGUUACUGUUACAUUGCAUUUUUCUGAUUUGAUUUUCGUUUUGAGUGAAUGUUUGCUUUCGUUCACUGAUCUAUAGUGUUUCUCCAUCAUUUUAAUUGGUGCAUUUGGUUUCUUUGUGUCAAAUUCAGCUUUCAAUUUCAUAUUCAAGUUUGUUCACGGUCAUGUGCAAUUCUCUGUUGCCGUUUUAAGUCUGUCACUGUUUUGAAUCUGUUCAGCGCAUGUUUUUUCGUUUUUCCAUGUGUUCAAUGCAUUUUCUAGCUUUAUUUUGAUCACAUAAAGCAAUGAGGCAUUGCCUAGCUUUGAUCAAGGAAGUUUAGAGCUUUGAUCGAGAGUUUCCGUUUGCACAUUCUGCAUGAAAAUGAUUUCUCUGGUUUGAUCACGUAAAUCUGUUUUGUUGAAUUUUCUUUGCAUAUAAAGCUUUGAACAAGUUUAUUUGAUAAUAUUAAACAUGUUCCAAGUUGUGCCAACCAGUAUUAGUCAUUAAAAUGCAAAAGGAGUGAUUGUGUUGCUUAUAAAGUGGUUUUCCCGAGAGAACACUUCUCUGUUUUGAAUAUUCCAGCUAUGCACCGUGCUGUUGUGUUCAUUGCUUGUGUUUAGGCCAUUUAAUCUCUUCUAGCUCCUCUUUUCCAAGCUAGAUCUAGUUAUUAGGACCAAUCUUGAUUGACUUUUGAUCCAACCAGCUUUGAUUCUCUGCAUUUUCUUUUCAAAUCUGCUGCAAUUUUCAAGUGUUUUGCUGCAUUAUAGCAACCAACGUGGUGAUUUUGUGCAUUUGAAUAAUUCUAUGUAUUUGGACUGUUGGCUCAAGUUUAUUUGACCAAUACAAACUUGUGUGCACAGUUGAAUUGGUCUUUUAACAGCCAAUAUCCAAAAUCACCUUUUAAACCACCACUUUUGUUUGAAAAUUAUAAGUGGACAAGUCAUUGUGAGAUUCUGAGUGUUUUGGUACUGUUUGCUUGAUUGUGCAAUCAUAUUUGGUGAAUUGAAACUUGCUUCUACUGUUCAUAUGGCCAUUGUGUGCAUUUAGCCGAAACACAUACACCAAAACACCAAAUUCUAGUGCAUUUUGGGAAGUGAAGUAGUCAAAUUCUACACUGCACAUUCCCUUGGCUGUUUUACAGAUUUUACACGUCCUAUUUCACAUUGUAAAAUUGCUUGAAAUUUCAAUUACACGUUUGCAUCACUGCUAGCCAAGAUUUACCACUGCUGUUCCAACUUUCCAACCACCAUUUUUAGUGCAAUUUCUGCAUUUUUAGCAAUUGCAGCUAUGUGUUGAUGAAUUUGAAUGUUUCAGUGUUUUCUUCACAUUUGAGCAAGUUUAUUUGGUCAUUCCAAACCUGUAUGCACUGUUCAUUUGGUCAAAAUUGAGCUGGUAUUCACACUACAAGAAAAAUGCGAAUUAUAUACGGACUUUUAUAUACGGAUAUGUAUCCGUAUAUAAUGGGAAUAUUAUAUACGGAAGUUUUGUACGAAUCUGGACAAUCGUGAUUAUAUACGAAUUUUCCGUAUGUAAUGGGGAAAAGUUUUAUAUACGGAUUUUCCGUAUGUAAUAUCAGUGUGUAAUAUUGGCGCCUUUAGGCGCGAAGUUUGACACGGAUUUAUCCGUAUAUAUGGCUGUAUGUAAGUUGAAGAUAAUAUUAUCCGCUGAUUUUACAUACGGAAAUGGAGUUAAUAGUAAUUAAAAAAUAACAUGUAAUUAAAAAAGAGCAUAGUGAAAAUGAAAGCUUUUCUCAGUCUCGACUCUGCUCACUCUCGAAUCUUGUCACUCUCGAAUGUUCUCACUGUCGAACCCUAAGCUGCUCCCCUUGCUCUUCUCACUCUCGGUUCCUAACCUUCUCGCUGCAUUCUCAAUGGUCCGUGACCAUUCUCAGUGGCCCUAAAGCAGUCUGCACAGUUGUGAGCUUGCAUGAUUAUUGUCCUUCACUGAAACCAUAACCUCGCACUCGUUCUCCCUGGUGUGACGGGAACCCUCUUUUUCCUUCUGCCGAACCACCAUCCUCCAUCAUUGGAACCUUAGUGUGGCAUUGGAGUGUAGUUGUCGUCAUUGGAACCCCGGUUCUAAAUUGUGAUUAAGGAAACCCUAGGUUGGUUUCGUCGAUCUAGAAGAUAUAAGCUCGAGCUGCCAUUGUGUUGAACACCAGGUUUUUUCAAGUGUUGCAGAAGAAGUUUUCAAGUGUUGCAGAAGAAUUAGGUUUUAAAGUGAAUUUGAAGCAUAAGAAAAUAAACAUUUCCAAUCCUGGAGUAGCUUAGGAGCAUGAACAGUUUUCAAGGGUGAGAGUUACUACUGCCACUCUAUCCGAACUCUCUAUAGCACCUAAAUUGCUAGAAAAGGCAUUUUGUUAAUGAAACAACUUUUGUCAGGAGUGUGAAAUUAAUUGCUGAAAGUCUUGCGUGAGUGUGCAUUUAUAUUUGGACACCAAGGAAAUAACAUCCAGAUAUUUGCAGAUAACACCAACUUGGCUGUAUCUUAUACUCCUUUAGAAUAUGGCAACAAGUGGUUGUGACCCUCCUAUUCCGCCUUCAGGAAACUCAGAUAAGGAGAAGGGGAAGAAGAAACCUUAUCCGGUCAAGUUGAUGUCCCGUUUCAAUAACGUAAGUACUUCAAGUAGGCAACCAUCUACACCUACCUCCACUGCUAGAUCUGUUCCACCACCAUUGGUAAUUCCUGGUUUGACACCUACUGCACCAUCUAUUCAACCUUCAUUGGAAGUUCCUGCAUUCACACCUAGUCCACAACAACGUGGUGCUGAUCAAUGGAGAUCACCCUCCCCCCAUGUUGGUUCUAACCCAACAACUCCUACAAAUAUUGCACCAACACCUCCUACAGGGGAUGGAGUUCCACAUUCAAGUUUAGCGGGAAAUUUUGAAGAUGUUUCCAACAAUCGUCCAAUCAUUACACCUAUUGGAGGAGGGUUUUAUCCAACAAAAACAGCAUCCAAAGCAAUCACAGCCACCAUUAAAGGACAAUUUGAUGAGGCAUGGGUGACAUGGGGACAAAUCCCUCAGAGUCGCAGAGAUGUUUUCUUUGAGCGUUUUAAAGUACACUUGUGUUUACUCAUCCUUUAAUAUUGUUUUAAGGUACACUUGUUUGGCUUGUGACAGAUUUAUUACUCUCUUUGUUCCUUUGAAAAUCUAGGAAAAUAGGGUUAACAUAGGAAGUGAAUUUGGUUUCAUGAAUUUGGUUUCUGACAUAACUUCCCCAAGGAUUUCAGCUAACUAUUCUUUUCCUUAUUCAACAUGUCUGGUUACAAAGAUUCCCUCUGCUUGCUUUUUGAUUUUACUCAGCAAAAAGCUCUGGGGGGCUACACAUUCUAAAGCACAAAACUACUUCUAUUCUUCUGAAUAACAUGCACGAUUCGUGAACCUCUUCAUGCUUUUCAUUAAAUAUUAUUUGGUAUGAUAAACCAGUCCCAAGUUCUAGAAACUAAAACCGUCCAACACCCUUUGUAAAAUUUUUAAAGUAGCAAAUGAUUAAAAAGGAAGGGUGAGGUUAACUACUGAUGCAACAAGACAUUAUGGGUCUGGUGGGCCUCACUUUUGUGUUUUUCUUUUCUUUUUUUAAUUCCAAUUAUUAAAUUUCAUUGUCUCUUGCCAGACAGCCAUUUUCUCAAUUGUUGGAGAGAGAUGAUAUCUUAAGCUAUAUAUAUACAUAUAUAUAAAUAUAUAUCUAUAUAUAUCACAGAAGUUAAAAGAUAUGCUGCAUAAGAUUAAGUAAGAGGAGAGGCUUAAGGAUUUUCUGUACAUUUUCCAAAUUGUGAAUUGUUUAAAGAACACAUUCAAAGUUGAAACCAUGGAAACUUCUCAUCCUCUUUCUAUUGAAAGCUUCUCUUACAGUUGGUUGGUGAACCUGAAGCCAUCCAUAGAAAGCCUUGAAGGCUCCCUCACAGCUUCCCUUGAUGCUUCUGAUGAAGCUUCCUUCAUUGAAAUGGACCCAAGAAUGCCACCUUCGAAAAGGUUCUUCAGAAACUCUCAAGAUUUCAAAUUUGACUUCCCCACUUCACAGUACCCUCUCACUCUUGUUGAUGCUGAUGACCUCUUUUCCAAUGGUUAUCUCAUGCCCCUUUUUGUUGAGUCUUUGAAAAUGGAAGCAUAUGAGGCCUCAGAUUCCAAUCCAAGUCUACCUUCCUCAUCACAUGUGCCAAAAAUUGUGGUUCCUAAUGCUCAUUCUAGAUGCCCUUCAUUGAAAAGGUGCAGAACAAUGUCAAGGAGAAUAUUUCAAAAGUACCUCAACUUCUUGAGGCCCUUGUGUAGAAGAUUGAGGAGUGCCAAAUCAGGUUCAAAAUCUGAAUCUGUUAUUAAAAAUACAUAUUCUCUUUUUUUGCACCUUUUAACAGUUAGUAACUUAUUAGCCUCCCUUAUUAUUCUUCUAAUUCCGGGGAAGUUUAUACAUAUGGCAACAAAAAUUAUGUGGUUUUGGUUUUUGACUAUGGUACUACUUCACAGGCGAUUUUGCCUCCUUUUUUUAGUUUUUACUCUGCCUGUUAGACAUUGUUUCUCAUUUAUAGUCUACCUUUGUUCCCGAACUUGAGAUUUUAUAUCUUGGAUUAUUUGUCUCAAAGGCUCAUAAUCAAAUGAUCAUAAAUUUAGAGUGAAGUUCUCAAGAUA